AUGGGCAUACUCUAUGAUCAUGAAGAAUGGGCUGUGUACGCUGAAGGCAAACAACUACUUAUAUGGAGAGAGGGGACGCUUGUGAACGAAUGGACCGUGCAAGGCAUCCAAGAUUACCAGUUUUAUACAGCGGAAGACGAACUUGUCAUAAUUGGGAACUGGGGGCAAGGAUUAACAAGACUACGAAUAAAGGAAGGAACAGAAGAGCUUAGUGAAGAGUCGGCCCUAAGGACAAGUUUUCAUAUUGCGCAGUUCCAGAUUUUGCCAAGCUCAGGCGUCAUUUUGGCGUAUGAUAAAGUGGCAGGAGUAUUGCACCUGUUCAACUCGAGAGAAGAGCGCUACCAGGGGUUCAUAAAGGCGCAUCCUGCUCAAACAAGCUUCUCGUCCCACGGUCCGUCUGAAUUUCAAGUGUUCGUACGCGACUUUGACCCUGCCUCGCUAGUGAUCAAGACGUAUCUCAACAGAUAUCGCUUGCGCGGAAGCAAUGCUUCCUUAAUUAAUACCAUACCGAUGGAAGGUUUAUUCAUUAAACGCUGGGUUGUUAGGAGUGCUUGCGGGGCUUUCUUCGCCGUCAUUUCAACCAGCGAAUGUGAGCAAGCGUGCCAGCUAAAGUUCUUCCUACAGGACGCAAGCAUACCAUUCCACACAGAGACUUUGGAAGGGCACGCAGUAAGCGCUGCAUUUGUUAGCCCGCUUAAGCUGUUCUUGAUCCUCCGUCUGGCUCAGGGAAACGCGCUUUGCUUGUUAAACUUGGAGAGCAGCCAUACUCAUCAGCUCCUUUCCCUGGAAGCAGAAUUUAUUCGCUCAUCUCAUGAAAUCGACGAAGCUGGGAAUUUUACGCAACCAUCUUCGGUCCCUGCUAUCACUCACCUAGAUUCUAAUCUGAAGCUCGUUAACAGUUCAUCCAAUUCUAUAUUUUUCGUGAUGAACUCCGCGCCAAACAUCCUAUUCUGCUGGAGCUUCACGAAAAACAUAGACUCGCAUUUAGAUACAUGGGCAUUUCCCGCUAAGGUCGUGUCUCUCGGGGAGCUUAACUCGGCUACUGUCGCGGCUGUGUGCCUAACUGAAAAUCCCACGUCUCUUUCCAAGAUAGAGAUAUCUCAGCCGUUUUCUGGCCCAUAA